AUUUUAACCGGAAGUAAAAUGUUCUCGCAAAAUCACGUUGCCAAAAAACCGGCAAGAUGUUGUUCUACUCAUUCUUCAAAUCUUUAGUGGGUAAAGAUGUGGUGGUAGAGCUGAAAAAUGACCUCAGUAUAUGUGGUACUCUACAUUCUGUGGAUCAGUUCCUGAACAUCAAACUGACAGACAUCUCAGUUACAGAUCCAGACAAAUAUCCACACAUGUUGUCUGUGAAGAACUGUUUCAUCAGAGGAUCAGUUGUGAGGUACGUCCAGUUGCCAGCUGAUGAGUGUGACACACAGCUUCUACAGGACGCUGCCAGGAAAGAGGCCGUACAGAACCGACAGAGAUGAUCUUCCCUAACAGAACACACGAUAAAAAGAGACAAUUUAGAUCAGAGUUGAUCAGGCAGCAGGGACCAACACAACAAAUACCAAUGAAAAGUUGUUACAGUUGUUGGACACACAAGAGUUUCUGACACAGACUGUCAACAGUUGUACUGAAUAUUCUCUGUUAAUUCAGAGAUCCAUAUCAGCUCUAAUGACCCUUGUUUAAGAAUAUGAGGUAUAAGUUGUAGAUGUGAUCUGAGGCGAUGGUGUGAGAGAGAGUGAGCGAGCAACCAGAUGUAUGGGAGAGAAAGUAGAUGUAAAAUUUUACAAUAUCGUGUUUGUAAGAGGUUUGACUUAUAUAAGGGAGGGAAGUGCAGUGAAAGACAAUUGAGAGGACAGAGUUGGAUGAGAUAUGUGGGAGAGUAACAAACUAUAUCACUACUACAAUUUAACAUAUGUACAAUGGAUAGGGAGACAAUUAUUCCAAAUAUGUUUUAAACUUCAGAUUUCGAAGUGUAGUGUAACGGAUUGAAAUCUAAAACAGUCAGAUGAACAUCUUGUUUCCUUUUUAAAUUUUGUCACACCAGAACUAGUGUAUAUUUUGUGAUUUAGUACUACACUUCCUAACAAGUCCAUGUUACUGAGCAGUGAAACAGUGUUUCUGGUGAAAAAAUAUCACUAAUUAAUACAUGUAUUCUUACUGAAAAAUUAAAUCUUGCAUAUGUUUAAUGAAGUGAA